GUCAAACCGGGCAAUGUUCAUUUCUAAUGGCAAGCUUCGAAAAUUUCGAGCCCAUAUUCGGAGAACCCGUGCCGGAGCGAUCGGGUACGGGUUCGGAUCUUCUCCGGCGGUGUCUGUUCCACGUCUACGCUUCCGAUCCCUGUCACCUCACUGUUCAUGUCACCGAUUUCAUCUCCAGUUCCUGGGAGAUCGUCCUCUCCGUCUCCGAGCUCGACGACAUGAGAGACACUGUUGGUAUCGGAGGUUCGUGGUCUGAGUUCGUUGAUUAUAUGGUGGCUUCGUUGAAAUCCGACAAUGUGAAGCUUGUUCUUGCAGGUGGUGAGACUGCGCACUUGGUUUCCCAGAAGGCGAAAGGAAUGCCCCGCAUUGUAAUUCCUCUGAAAAAGAUGGCGGGUUCUUCUGCUUGUGAGGCUAUGGCAAAUCUGUCUCUUGAGGUUUUCAGAGCGUUCAAGAUCAUGCAGCUCCAACAAGAAAAUCCGAGAUCGUCUACAGCUGCUUCUGGUGAUCAGGGAAAGGAAGAAGUUACUCAUAGCGAAUUGGACCGACCCUCUACAGAAAAACAAGAUAUUUCGGGUCCAACAACAAAGCAAAGCCAAGACUCUCCUGCUCGAGAAACAAAACCGACUAAACGUGUGCCUGCACAUCAGAGAACCCGAAAACGUCGUGGUGCCCUUCUGCAGGGUUCAGAAGAUGAGAAUGGCUGACCAGAAACGCCACAUAACCGGAGACAACUAUCCAUUUUUUUCCCCACCAUUAACCAGUUCUUGGUGGUAAAUACACUGUUUGUUGAAGCAAUGGUCUGGUUUCUGCAAGACUCGGUUGGGCCCAAUAAGAGACGAAUUGGGCCUGGAGGCCCAUAAGAGAAUUUUUAGGAAUUAAAGCGAAGCAGACACGAGAGAAUCUCGGAAAUGUUCAGGGUCAACAGGGCUUUUAGAUUCUGAUAAUUUAUCGUCGUUAGUAUAAUAAUCUCGCCAUUUUUCUCAGGAGAUUUUUACGAGAUAUCAUAUUUUAAUUAUAUUUUUCAAAAUUUAAACACCGUACAUAAACGUGUUAAUGUAAAUAUUAAUAUUUUGCUGA